AUGCCUCGACGUGCGGCCUCGCCGGCGGCCUCAGAGCCUGAGCUCGACAUUCUCGGCUCGUUAUACCCUGGCGAAGAUGGCGAUGACAAUCAGGGUUUCGCUGCAGGCAAGGACGCUGACUUUGAUGACAUUUUGAACGAUCCUGAGGGAGCCGAAGAUGGCGGUGACGAGGCAUUCAUUGCCCUUCAACAGGCAGCAUCAUACCGCAAAGCCUCGAAUUUGAAAGGUAGAACCGUUAAAAAGGGCGGCGGCUUCCAAGCAAUGGGCCUCAAUGCAAACCUCUUAAAAGCCAUCACACGAAAAGGCUUCUCAGUUCCUACACCCAUUCAAAGAAAGACGAUCCCCCUUGUACUGGACCGAAAAGAUGUCGUCGGCAUGGCGAGAACUGGUUCCGGAAAGACUGGCGCUUUCGUCAUUCCCAUGAUUGAGAAACUCCGUGCACACAGCGCCCGCUUCGGCAGCAGAGCUCUCAUCAUGUCACCGUCUCGAGAAUUGGCUAUACAGACUCUCAAGGUUGUCAAGGAAUUUGCCAGGGGAACUGACCUCAAGGCUGUGCUUCUUGUUGGCGGUGACAGCUUGGAGGAGCAGUUCGGCUACAUGGCGGCAAACCCUGAUAUCGUUAUUGCCACACCCGGUCGUUUCCUACACUUGAAAGUUGAAAUGUCCUUGGAUUUAUCGUCUAUCAAGUACGUUGUGUUCGAUGAAGCUGAUCGACUCUUCGAAAUGGGUUUCGCAGCCCAGCUUACCGAAAUUCUGCACGCCCUGCCACCCUCCCGGCAAACACUGCUCUUCUCUGCCACCCUCCCCGCUUCAUUAGUCGAGUUUGCUAGAGCCGGCUUGCAAGAUCCCAGCCUCGUUAGAUUGGACGCUGAAACUAAGGUAUCACCCGACUUGGAAAGUGCCUUCUUCUCUAUCAAAGGUGCAGAGAAAGAAGGUGCUUUGUUACACAUUCUUCACGAUGUCAUCAAAAUGCCCAUGGGUACCCCUGAGAGCGCAAGCAAGGAUGGUGAGAAGGGAUCGAAAAAACGAAAGAGGGGCGAGACCGGUGGUGGAAAACCUACGGAACAUUCAACCAUCGUCUUCACAGCUACUAAACACCAUGUCGAAUAUCUCGCAAAUGUUCUUCACGAGGCAGGAUUCGCUGUAUCACAUGUGUACGGCUCACUCGACCAGACAGCCCGAAGAAACCAGGUUGAAGAUUUUCGACGAGGCAAAACAAAUAUCCUCGUUGUCACUGACGUGGCGGCCCGAGGUAUCGAUAUCCCUGUUCUUGCCAACGUUAUCAACUACGACUUCCCGUCGCAACCCAAAAUUUUUGUGCACCGAGUCGGUCGAACGGCCCGUGCCGGGCAAAGAGGUUGGAGUUAUAGCUUGGUCAGGGACAUGGACGCACCGUACCUGCUGGACUUACAGCUCUUUUUGGGCAGAAGACUCGUUUUGGGUCAGGAAGGUGAUGAACCUUCAUUUGCAUCCGAUAUUAUCGUGGGAUCCUUGAAACGAGACAUGGUUGAAGCCAACGUUGAGUGGAUGAACAAGCUUCUCCGUGAAGAUGUUGACAUCAACACACUCCGCGGUGUUGCUGCCAAGGCCGAAAAGCUAUACCUCAAGACCCGAAACUCAGCCUCCAGCCAAAGCGCCAAACGUUCAAGAGAAAUCGCAGCAUCAACGGGAUGGAGUCAGCUUCACAGGUUGUUCGGCGACGAUGUCGAUGGCAUGGAGCAAGCACGCGCCGACAUGCUCGCCCGAAUCAGUAGCUUCAAACCUCAGGAAACAAUUUUCGAAAUCAGCCAUACCGAUAAAUCUCACUCCGAAGCAGCAGAAGUAAUGAAACAGCUCCGAAAGAAAAUCACACCCAAGAACAGACAGCCGCAGAAACAAGAAAGCGACAUCGAGGACGACGACAUCCCCACGAACCCCAACGGCAACGACAUGGAUGUGGACUCUGACGAAGCAGCCUCUGACGAUGAAGCACCGGACGCAGAAGAACCCAACGGCUGGGAAGACGACGACGACGAGCUAGAAGUAACAGUCUCCAACACAGGCGCCAAAAAGGGCAAAACAGACUGGCGCGACUCCGAAGUCUUCAUGAGCUACACCCCUCGCACGCACAACGCCGCCGAGGAGCGCGGCUACGGCGUCCACUCUGGCGGAUUCGUCGAAGCAGCCCGCGACGUAACCAUGGACCUGACAAACGACGAAACCGCCAAAUCCUUCGGCCAGCCUUCCCGCUCCAAGAUGCGCUGGGACGCCAAGUCCAAGAAGUACGUGUCCCGGGACAACGACGAGGACGGCUCCAAGGGCAGCAAGAUGAUUACCGGAGAGUCCGGCGUCAAGAUUGCCGCUACAUUCCAAUCCGGGCGGUACGAUAAAUGGAAGAGGGCGCAGAGAGUCCGAUCACUGCCCAGAGUGGGAGAGGCAGAGAAGCCAGGCACCACGCAGGGACUGCCCAGCGGCGUACGGUACAAGCACAAGUUGGAUAAGGCGCCCAAGGAGGCAGAUAAGUAUAGGGAUGAUUUCCACGUCCGCAAGAAGAGAGUGGAUGAGGCGAGAGAGAAGCGACAGGGUAGAUUUAGGGAUGGCAUGGGCAGUAAGAAGGAACUCAAGGGGGCGCAUGAUAUCCGCAAGGAGAGACAAGAAAAGGAGAAGAAGAGGCUUAAGAACGCUAGACCUGCAAAGAAGAAGUAG